UAAGUUUUGUAAAAUAAAAGUUUUUGUUCUACCUCUUAUCGGAUCCGAACCGGGUCAAGUAAAAAACCAACGGAACCGUAACGUCUGGGAAGAAAACUGGCAGCACCAUAACGACGAUCUCAGACAAUUCUCACUCUCCACCAGAUCUCUCUCUCUCUCUCUCUCGCUCUCCGGCGCUUAACCCUCCGAAACCCUAGUUCUCACUCCAGAUCAGCUUCUGACCAUUCGAUCCACAUCCUCGCGUUCUCUCCGGCCGUUGCAGCAAGCAAUCGUGGUGGUUCUUCGUCUCGGAUCGUUCGGAUUUUCUCGUUUCCGCCCGCGAUCUCGCAUUGUUGGUGGAGUUUUCAGUUGACAUUUGGUACUGUUUGGAGAAAGCGGCGAGGUAGUUGCUCGGGAAGUACGAAAUAUGCAGCGUGCUUCCGUGACAGUUGAGGAACAGUUGUUGCUGAAAGCGAUUAAGGAAGAGUGUCCAUGGGAGAGCCUUCCCAAGCGAAUUCAAGCUACGAUUUCUUCCAGAGAGGAAUGGCACAGAAGGGUAAUUGAAUGCUGCAUUAAGAAGAGACUCCAAUGGAAUAAUUGUUUUGCGCGUAAAAUUUGUAAAGAAAGCGAAUAUUAUGAAGAUAUGAUGCGUUACUUGCGGAAGAAUCUUGCUCUAUUUCCUUAUCAUCUGGCGGAGUAUGUUUGCCGUGUGAUGAGGGUAUCGCCUUUCAGAUAUUAUUGUGAUAUGAUUUUUGAAGUAAUGAAGAAUGAGCAACCUUAUGACAGCAUCCCAAACUUUAGUGCAGCAGAUGCUUUAAGACUUACAGGAAUUGGUAGAAAUGAAUUUAUUGAUAUAAUGAACAAGUGCAGAUCUAAGAAAAUCAUGUGGAAAAUAAACAAAUCAAUUGCAAAAGAACUUUUACCUACACAGCCUGUGGAUUUUUCUAUUGAACCUUGGUGGGGAGUUUGUCUUGUGAACUUCACUUUGGAAGAAUUUAAGAAACUCUCAGAAGAGGAAAUGGCCACAAUAGACAAAGUGUGUAAGGAAGAAGCAAAUUCUUUUAUCCUGUUUGAUCCUGACGUUGUAAAGGGUCUCUUUAAACGUGGAUUGAUUUACUUUGAUGUUCCUGUAUAUCCAGAAGAUCGGUUUAAAGUUUCAAGGCUUGAAGGUUUUGUUUCUAACAGGGAGCAGUCUUAUGAAGAUCCUAUUGAAGAGUUAUUAUAUGCAGUUUUUGUUGUUUCAAAUGAAAAUACAUCUGUUGCUGAAUUGGCAACAACCCUUCAGGCUGACUUGUCACAACUGCAGGCUGCUGCUUCUUUUGUUUGUCGAUUGGGAUGGGCAACAAAAGUCAUUGAUCCAUCAUCUAUUCUUCAAGACACAAACAUUCCGGGGUCUCCUAGAAGUGCAGUCAGUGAUGAAGAUGCUUCUCUUGCCAGUCAUGGUUUUGACAAUACACUUAUCGAUAAUGAUACCAGUCACGGGGAUUCUUCAGGGAACUGCGGUCCUCGUUCUGCCUAUACUCGUGUUGCAUUCAUAGUUGAUGCUAAUAUCACAUCAUAUCUUAUGAUGGGUUCUGUUUCACCAGGCCUGAAAUCUCAUGCUGUUACACUCUAUGAAGCGGGUAAAUUGGGUCAUGCCAGCAUUUCUGAUCUUUGCAAUGAUCUUAGCACUCUGGAAGGUGCAAAAUUUGAGGGUGAAUUGCAGGAAUUUGCAAAUCAUGCAUUUAGCCUGCGUUGUGUAUUAGAAUGUUUACAAUCAGGUGGAGUUGCUUCUGAUGUAAAAGUGGAGGAAGGUUUUGAUAAGAUGGAUAUGGCUAUUUCAAGCAAUGAUGAAUCAGGUUCUCUAAUAGCUGAAAUCACUUUGGCUGACAGCUCAGGAGACUCUGGUAUUCCAGAAGGUGGGAUGAAUGAUGACGAUUUAGUAAGUUUAGAUUUAGAGAAGCCUGCAGUGGCCUCUGUUUCCUCUGAAGCUGAUUCUAGUAAUAAAACAUGUUCUAUUACUUUGGAAGGUGUUGACAACAGUCACAUACAGGAAGCCAGCAAAGACGAAAGUCUCCAGAAUGAUGAGAAAAUACUGGUUGAAGGGUCAGAUGUUGGAGCAGAAAUGCUGAAGAGAAAAAAGAAAUACCGCGUAGAUAUUCUUCGCUGCGAAAGCUUGGCUUCUCUUGCACCGGCAACCCUUGACCGUUUGUUUCUUCGUGACUAUGACGUAGUUGUGUCCAUAGUGCCUCUUCCUCAUUCAUCAGUUCUUCCUGGACCCACAGGUCCAGUUCAUUUUGGUCCCCCCUCUUAUUCUUUCAUGUCUCCUUGGAUGAAAUUGGUAUUAUAUUCAACUGUAGCUAAUGGGCCUCUAUCAGUUGUUCUGAUGAAAGGACAGUGUUUGCGCUUACUUCCUGCUCCAUUGGCUGGUUGUGAGAAAGCUCUCAUAUGGUCUUGGGAUGGUUCCACAGUAGGAGGGUUGGGAGGGAAGCUUGAAGGAAAUUUAGUGAAGGGAAGUAUACUCCUGCAUUGCUUAAAUUCACUUCUUAAACAUUCAGCUGUCCUGGUGCAGCCUCUCAGUAAGUUUGAUCUUGAUGAGUCUGGAAAAUUGAUUACAAUGGAUAUCCCUCUGCCCUUAAAGAACUCUGAUGGCUCAGUUACUCCUGUUGGAAAAGAGUUAGGAAUAUGUGAAGAGGAAAGUUCAACGCUGAAGUUUCUCUUGAAUGAUCUGGCAAACAAAAUGGAACUGUGGACUGUUGGAUAUAUUCGCUUAGUUAGAUUAUUUAAUGGAAGAGAAUCAGACCAGUUCUCACCUGAAGAGAAAUAUGAUUGGGUUCCAUUGAGUGUUGAAUUUGGGAUGCCGCUAUUCAGUCCAAAGCUGUGUAAUAAUAUAUGUAGAAGGGUGGUUUCAUCAGAAUUGCUCCAAUCUGACUCAUUUGGUGAACACCAUUGUGCAAUGCAAAGCUUAAGGAAAAAAUUGCGUGACAUUUGUGCUGAGUACCAAGCAACAGGUCCUGCUGCAAAGAUACUUUACCAGAAGGAGCAAGCUAAGGAAUCCUCAAAACAACUUCUGAACUACGCUAGUGGAAGAUGGAAUCCACUUAUAGACCCUUCUUCUCCCAUUUCAGGGGCAUCAAGUGAGCAUCAAAGGUUAAAACUUGCAAACCGACAACGUUGCCGGACUGAAGUUUUAAGCUUUGACGGCAGCAUUCUUAGGUCUUAUGCCUUAAGUCCGGUUUAUGAAGCUGCCACGAGGCCUAUUGAAGAAGCCUCUCCACCAGCCAGCACGAUAAAAGCUGAACCAGAUGAAAAUGAUAGUAAAGAAGUAAUUCUUCCCGGAGUAAAUAUUAUUUUUGAUGGUUCUGAGUUGCAUCCGUUUGACAUUGGUGCCUGCAUCCAGGCACGCCAACCUAUUUCCUUAAUAGCUGAGGCAGCAGCUGCUUCAGCACCACUCUAUGCUAUCCAUCCAUGAAUGGAUAUACUAAUGAGUCAUGCGCCAAUGUUAUUAUUGCUACUGUCUGGUUUGUUUUCAUCUUCAGGGUUGUUGGUUGCACUCCAAGUCGGGCUCAAGAUUGAAGGUUGCAGAUGUUUUGGGUUUCGCUUGAUCCAGAAAUUCAGUGUCUUGUUGAAAGGCAUAAUUAUCAUUAAACAAUUCGAUGGAUAUACGACAGGAUAUACCUUGCUCCUGUCAUAUUCCUGCAGCAAAACGGACACUCAAGCCAUUCAUGAUUAAAAGAUUAGAGGAAAAUAUUGCUGUUUGGCAAAUCAUUAUCGCAUCCGAUCUUUAAAGAUGUGAAUUCAUUGUCUUCUGCUGAGAUGCUUCCUCAUUUAUUACUAAUUUGUUGUUAUCAUUGUGUAAAUUAGUCCACCCAUAUUAUCUGGGUUUCAUUACAUCAUAUCACACACUUCACAUAAAUAUAUUACACAUAUCUUUCUUAUAAAGGUAUCUUUCUUUUUUCUUUUUCCGAUCGAUCUCGUCCUUCUUAUAUGUAAUAUGAUCUCCUAUCAUAUGAGAUUAUCAUGUUAUAUUUGUAUCUCUUUUUAAAAGCUUUGAA